ACAAUUUUGAUAAAAGUCUGUCUGCAAAUUUGCUGCAAAAAACCUUGUUUUUCUAGUCUUUCUCGACGACAAAAUCGUUUCUUUCGACAUGACGUCUGAAGGAAGGAUGAAGUCGUUUAUAAGUGAAAGCGAAGUGGAUGAAUUUCGCAARAAAAGACAAGAAGAAUGGGAAAAAGUAAGAAAACCUGACGACCCUCUUGAGAGACCGGAAGAUGUUGUUGAUACUCGCUCAUUAUAUGAAAAGCUUCAAGAACAAAAAGACAAGAAACAAGAAGAAUGGGAAGAAACACAUAAAUUAAAAAAUAUGAUUCGAGGACUUGAAAGUGAAGAAACAGAAUUCCUUGAUUUGGUUGCCAAGCAACAACAUCAGUUGAAUAAACAGAGAUUUGAUGAAGAAAAUAAAGAAAUCAAAGAUUUCAGAUCAGCAGUAUCAGAGCUACAAAGCUCAUCUUCUAUAACUGAAAAAACAAGAACUGGUAAAAAAGCAUCUCAACCACCAGCAAAGAAAUCUCAAAUGGACCUUAUUGGAGGAGCCAUUAGAAGACGCAAAAGCUCAAGUAGUACGUCAGAUACCACACCAGAAAAGAAACCCAAAUUAGAAAAAGAGGAAAAUAAAUCAGAUGACCAACCAAAACAAAGUUCCCCCUCUUCCUCGUCCCCUGAAGAAAAAAAUCCUGGUAGUCAAACAUKGUGUCCAGAUGAGGAAAAACAAACCAAUAACAAACUCAAGAAGGUCUUGGUACCAAGAUGUCGUGUUAACAGAAUGGGAGAUUACAAAAGACAAGCAAUUACAAUCCCUGGKUUGGGAUUAUACUCAGACUCUAGCGAUUCAGAGUCUUCAUCUAGUGAUUCUGAGAUUGCUACUGGAACAUCUUGUGUUAGAUACACUGGUAGCAGUCAUUAUUAUUAGAGAUAUUUUCAUACUUCUGUCAACUCAGCGACUCCUAAGAACCUGUGUUGUUAGCUCCUGUUAGUAAAAUAAUAAUUAGCCAAAAAGCAUGAUCAGCAAUAAAGUAUUCACAUACUUUUAUGUUAAACUGACAUCCWGCUGAUCUGAAAUAGUGACAAAGCCUGYGAAAAUUGACCAGCAAAAAAUGAAUACCUGUCCACCAUUGCAAUAAAAAUAUUUAUUUUUUUCCGGUCCGGUAUCCUAAAAAA